AUGGACAGCGACAUGGAGAAGAAGCUUCAGGCCGAGCUGAAAGUCUCUGCUGUAGAGGAAGAGCCGGUCAAACCGAGCGGAAUCCUCGCCCAAAUUCGCUACUAUGAGGAGCUACUCGAUCGCAAGCUCGGCAUUGAAUCUCAUAGCUUGGACCGCGUCCAUCCUGAAGACAGACACCCGCCUAGUUCGGUGGUCAUGGCCUUCAUGUGGGCGUCGGCCACGAUGAACAUAAGCUGUUUCAGUACUGGGUUUUUGGGAAAGCAAUUCGGACUAUCGUUGGGACAAACAAUUCCAAUUGUGAUAUUUUCUACCCUACUGGGUGCUAUGGUGACUGGCUGGUGCGCAACUAUGGGACCCGGAACGGGUCUUCGCCAAGUUGCCAUUGCCAGAUUCUCUUUUGGCUAUUACCCGUCAUCAAUCAUUGCAUUGCUCAAUGUCAUCGAGCAGCUAGGUUGGGCAUCUGUCAAUUGUAUUACUGGCGGACUGGCACUCAGCGCUGUCUCAGACGGACAUGUCUCUAUUGCCGUUGGUGUAGUGAUCAUCGCUUGCGUCAGUUUACUCUUCAGUUUUGUCGGAUUGCGUGGUGUUCUGCUGUAUGAGAAGUAUGCUUGGAUGCUGUUCUUCGUCAUCUUCAUGAUCAUCUACGGCGAAGCCGCUCACCGCGCCAAUAUUUCUGCACCUCCUACAAUAUCGGGAAUCGACCGCUCUGGAAAUGUGCUGUCCUUAAUCAGUGUGGUGUACGGAUCAAGCGCCUCUUGGAGUUCGAUUGUGUCGGAUUUCUACGUUCAUUAUCCCGUCAACACCCCCAAGAUCAAAAUCUUCUUGUAUACCACUCUUGGUAUCACAAUUCCCACAUGUAUUGGCAUGCUGCUGGGUGCCUGUAUCAGCUCUGCCCUGGAUACAAAUCCCGAAUGGCAAGCUGCAUAUGAUGUUGGAAUCGGCGAGAUCUUGAAGACAAUUAUCUACCCAACUGGGUUUGCAAAAUUCCUUUUGGUACUGCUUGUCCUGUCUGGAAUUGGCGUCAAUGUUAUCGCCAUUUAUUCCGGUGCGCUCUCAGCCCAACUAUUUGCACCUCCAUUUGCCAAGGUGCCCAGAGUAAUCUGGUCAUUCCUGGUAUUCGCUGGUGUCCUUGCGCUAGGAAUCGCCGGCCGGAACCAACUUCUCGCCGUGUUGGAGAAUUUCCUGUCUCUUCUUGGAUACUGGAAUACCUCUUUCUUCGCGAUUCUGUUUAUUGAGCAUUACUAUUUCCGCAAGGGAAGUUUGGCCAACUAUGAUCUUGAUGCCUGGAACGAUCCUUCACGGAUGCCAGUCGGGUAUGCGGGUCUGGCAGCAUUCCUGUGUGGCGCCGCCGGCUGGAUUGUGGGCAUGGUGGAGACCUACUAUGUCGGUGCACUUGCCAAGAUGAUCGGGAAGGAUGGUGGUGACAUUGCUAACGAGCUUGCGCUGGUCUUCAGCUCUGUUUCCUAUCUGCCCAUCCGGAAAUUGGAGCUGCGGUAUGUGGGUCGCUAA